AUGGAUAACGCAAACCUCUGGACUCGCCGAUCCAACACCUCCAAGUUGUCUCUGUCUAUGACGGGGACGGACGGCGCUCGAGUUGAACUUCCCCGCGCCACCAAGCGUUUCGGCCCCGACAGCUCCCACGGCGGCCGGUCCAACCCUUUCAACGCUCUCUCCCCCCUCUCCGGCGGCGUGUCCUCGCCGUCUACAAACGCCUCCUCUGCAUUCGGCCUGGGCUCCGGUGCCUUUGCGUCGUUUGGAACCCCCAAAACUCCCGGUGCACCUUCCGACCUGAAAACCCCCGGCGAGAAGCGCGAAAACCCUGUCGACCAGGCUUCCGCCGCCGAGGCUGGCAAAACCAAGGGUGUUGCCUUGACGCUCAAGGAGCACCCGCUCAAGUCCACUUGGAUUAUCUGGUACCGGCCUCCCACACCUAAAUACUCCGAUUACGAGAAAUCCACCGCCCCGCUUGCAUCCAUAUCAUCAGUAGAGAGUUUCUGGUCGAUCUACUCGCACCUAAAGAGGCCUUCUCUGCUCCCCACCGUCUCCGACUACCAUAUCUUCAAGAAAGGCAUUCGUCCGGUAUGGGAGGACGAAGCCAAUAAGCGAGGUGGAAAAUGGGUGGUGAGGCUGAAGAAGGGGGUUGCGGAUCGCUACUGGGAGGAUCUCCUCCUGGCUAUGAUCGGUGACCAAUUUGCAGAGGCUAGCGAUGAGGUUUGUGGUGCGGUUCUCAGUGUGCGGAGCGGGGAGGAUGUACUGAAUGUGUGGACCCGCAUCGAUGGCGGGCGGAACAUCAAGAUCAGGGAGACAAUCAAACGUCUACUUAACUUCCCCGCCGACACCAACAUUGUCUGGAAGAGUCACGAUGACAGUAUCGCCCAACGUUCGGCCAUCGACCAGGCUCGCCAGGAGAAGGCCGCCGGAAACGCCGGCCAUCACCACCAUCACCAUCACCAUCACCACCAUAACAACCACAACCACAACCAGCAACACCAGCUGGGCGAUCGACGAAGAGUUACGGCGAAUGACGAGGGAGAUAAAGGAAAAGGCACGACAUCUUGA